CAGAAAGACCUGGAGCUCCUGGGGCUGCCUCUGAGCCACCGCUAGAAAGGAUAAAUGACCAUACCACUUAUGCAUCACUGGUGGAUUGACAAUGAAAUGAAAUCAAACGAACAGAAGAAAAGAACCGAUCCCAGUCAAUCAUGAGGAUUAUCUCCUGUCAGUCAACCCUUGUGGCUGUAGUUGUGGUUACACUCGCUGUGGUGUCCUGUGCUGAAGCUAAGACUACACAGAAGCCGAAGUACCAGUACACCAAGAAGCCCCUCCCUCAGAUCACCGUGCACAGCCCUGUAACCACCAGCAUGCCCAAGACUCUCAAGACAGUGCCGAGCGCAAAUCCUGUGAAGCCCCAACCGCUGCCCCCCACAGAGAGGACCACCAUUCCAAAUCACGUCUACCCACAGGACUACACAGAGGGCACCGAGCAGGGGGCUCCUGAGAAUUACACUCUAGAUUACAAUGAGUGCUACUUCAACUUCUGUGAGUGCUGUCCACCUGAGAGAGGCCCCAGGGGGCCAAAGGGAGACAGAGGCCUGGAAGGGCCACCAGGUGAUAGAGGCCUUACAGGAGCAGCUGCUUUACCUGGCCAACCGGGAGUCAGUGGUCCUAUGGGCUUAAGAGGAGACAAAGGGGAUAAAGCAGACAAAGGAAGCAGUGGAACAGGCGGGGCACCAGGAGUUCCAGGGAAAUUAGGACAAAAAGGUGAUGGUGGCGCAACAGGUGAGAAAGGUGAAAUAGGGUUGCAAGGUGUCAAAGGUGAUGGUGGGGUGAAAGGGGAACCUGGCAAGAAUGGGACUGCUGGCGAGAAAGGAGAACCGGGAAAAGAGGGGCCAGCUGGACCUCCGGGAGUGGCUGUUGAGAUAGGUCCAAAAGGCAACAAGGGGGAUAAUGGGGAGUGUGGCACUUUUGGGGAGAGAGGACAGAAAGGUGAGCGAGGGGAUACGGGAUCUCCUGGCAUUCCAGGAGCGAUGGGCAUUCCAGGAAUGAACGGCAAGCAUGGUUCCCCAGGUCCUGGUGGCGUCCGUGGGGAUCACGGCCCUCUAGGACCACAAGGAGAGCCAGGGCUUAGAGGACCUCAGGGUCCACAAGGCAUAAGAGGGAUGCUCGGGCCAAAAGGGGACAGAGGUUUCCCUGGGAAGAGAAGUGAGCGGGGCAUUCGUGGAUUCAAAGGAUCAAAGGGAUCAGAGUAUCUCCAGAAACGCUCAGCCUUCAGUGUAGGUAUCUCUCCAAGAAAGUCCUUUCCUCCCUCUGGCUUCCCGAUCCGCUUCGACAAAGUCUUCUACAACGAAGAGAGCCACUUCAAUGUCACUUCCAACAGCUUCACAUGCGUCCACGCUGGGGUUUACGUCUUCUCCUUCCACAUCACUGUGCGCAAUCAGCCACUGCGCGCCACGCUGGUGGUGAACGGGUCACGGCGGGUAAGGACGCGGGACUCUCUGUAUGGUCAAGACAUCGACCAGGCGUCCACUCUCGUGGUGCUGCAGCUGGUGGUGGGUGAUCAAGUGUGGAUGGAAACGCUCAGAGACUGGAACGGGGCAUAUGCCAGCAGUGAGGAUGACAGCAUCUUCUCCGGGUUCCUGCUUUACUCAGACACAGCCUGAUCUUCUACUGAAAACAUCUUUUAUGGGACUGUUCAAUCUUGAUCCCUGACAAGGGACAAAUACUCGUGGUGCUACACUACACUCAUUAUGAACUGCUCAAAACUUGUACUGCACACAAGUAUGAAAAUGUAAGGACUGGCAAUAUCAAGAUCAUGUUAUUGUAUUAUUAUCUCACUAGUAUCUUAUUAUAUUACCUUUUACCUUCUGAAUUAAACAAAAGUCUUGUUUACUGCUGGUAUAUUUAUUUACAAUUAUUUACAAUUUUCCAUCUACACAACCCUCGUCAGGAAUAUAAACAUGCAUCACAACAGAGAUGCAGGGUAAAUUAUCCAAUCCACAAGAAUGAGGUCAUUUUGAGAAGACACACACAUUGCUACCCAGGUAUCCAUUAGAAGGCAAUUAAAAAAUGACAAUAUCAGAAGAAAGCAAAAUGGCAAAGAUACAAUGAUGUGACUUAAAUUCAUGAUAAAACUAAUAGACCGAAACGUUGUUAAUAAAUAUACCAGCAGUAAGCGUGACAGUACAGGAGUUUUAAAUAUACAUAUACACACAUAUAUAUUAAAAUUGUGUUUGCCACCAAGUGUGCAGAUGUUUUUAUGUUUUUUUUAACCUCUCCAAGCCCUGCACAGUGUUCCUUAACCAUGCACGUUGCCUGAAGUGUUUAUUGAUCUAUCUGUAGUGUUGCCCUCAUUUAAACGAAAUGACCACGUGUCACACCUACACAAAGAUGUUCCUUUACCACUUGAUUCUUACUUUUUCCUGUCUCCCAUAUCUUUGUUUACUGCUGUCGUUGUCACACUCUGACUUCUGCUUCCUGUUCAUCUACACUUUCCCUGAUGGCCUUGGCCAUCUAUCAAAUUGCAAAGACUGAGACAUACAAAUUCAUGAUGUAUGUGUUAAGCAAACAAAGAAUAUCACUGUGACCUAUAAAUAACAAUUCUUAUGUAAAUCUUUUUUCGUUUGUGUUAAUAUACAAAUACUUCUAAUAUGUAAGCAGUAUUUCUGUGCAAUUGUAAAAAGAGUUAAUUGAAAAUAAAAUCCA